CCAACGCGACUCCACCGAUCAGAAACGAAGGACUUAUUUAACAUACAAUAUGAAAAUUAGUUAUAUUUAAAAGCAUAAUGUUGUAGUAGUUCAGGUCUACAAGCACAGCCUUUCUGGGAUCUGGAACCCCGGCGCUGGAGAUGCAUUUCGCGUUGGAGUUGCUUUUCCUCUGCGGUCAGGAUGGAUCCAGGUGAAGAGGACGGGCAGCAGGCUGCUUAAUCCCACCGUCCUGGACAACGGCUACCACACUGUACCAGACUUGUUGCAAUCCCUUAUCACCAGUAGAGGCUGAUUAUAAGUCAAAUGCCCCUCGGCCGAAACCAAGUGUUUUUUGGACUCCUGAAAAUGUGGCCUUUUCUCUGCAAGAUGAUCUAAGUGGCUUCUGUUUUGAGGGUCACAUCCCAUCGGACAAAGACACGACGACUGAAUGCCCUUUUGGAAAUACUGAAAUGUACUCAUUCAGUGACAUUUUAUGACUUUAUCGACAGCAUUUUGUUUAUAUAUUUUGAUUAUAUCAUCAACACAGAUACACAGAAACAUCAAUAAAUUUUUAAAGUGCAUUCAACUGCACUACAGAGAAUGGAUUUUUAAUCUAGUAGCAGUCAGUACUACCAGUAUUAUAUUGAAUGUCACGAAGGAACUUACACACUGUACAUAGUUUAUGUGUUCCUGUAAAGAGAGUUGUUAAGUGUCCCUCGGCCCUGCAGCCCAACUGGAGAAAUCCAAUGGAUAAUCAGUGUAAAUAAAAGCUUGUUUACUACACCAAGGAUCAGAAGAGUAUCAGCACUGUAUAGAGGAGUUUUCCUGUAGUGCCUCUGCCUUCAUCCUCCUGAUCCAGAGAUGAGUGUUUCCCAGCCCGGCGAGACCUUCCCUGGUGGGGGGAAGAGCGGGUCCGGCAUGAGGCUCUGUCUCCACAACGCUGGAGACCAGAAUGGGAAUGCUUUCCCCAUUUCCUCUUCGUCCUCCUCCUCUUCCUCCUCUUGUCUUGGUGAGUCAUCUCCCGAUUCGCUGCGGAGUUUGAGCAGCCUCAGUGGCACUCGAAUCGACAGCCCGCUGGAUUAUGACAUGUUUGAGGUCACUGUGGCGACGACAGUGGUGACGACAGCAGACAAAAUGACAGAUGUUGCAAUUUCAAAAUGGCUGCCAGAAGAACAGAUUAAAGAGGACGACAACGACGAAGCCUCUGUUGUAAAGUUACAAACGGUGACGGAGCUGUCAGAGUCCACUUCUGUGUCUGUUUACCUGGAUGCCAACAGCGGUGAAUACCACCAAGACACCUGGAAUGACAACGACAACCUGACGUUAGCCCUCUCCCUGAGUGGUAGCCAUGGGAACAGUGAUAACCCUAGCAGUGGAAGCAGAGUUGGAAGACGGCACGGUUCUUCAACUCCUGACUCGGACGCGACAGAAAUCCCCUGUGAUGACGAUGAUGAUGAUGACGAGGAAGCACUGUUUCUGUCGGUGAGCUCGGACGCGGUCCUGACGAGAAGCAGUGUGACCCUGACGAGCUCGGCCAGUCCGACCAGUGAAGGCCUCUCGAUCCUGGGUGGCUUUGAUGCGACUUCACCUUCUGCUGCCACCAUGUUCAUAAUGACGCCUAGUGAGACGACCACCAUUGUCCCACUACAUGACCUCUGUGUGGAACAAAAUGAGAAGCAGAGUUCUGGUGAAGGCUGCCAGACGAUGGAGCUCCAGGGAGAGGGGACUGGGGAAGCAAGCAUACCCGAUGACAAGAUGCCGGAGCUUGGGUUGGAAGGUCCCAGUUUGGCCUGUCCUCUCUUUGCCGAAAGCCAAGAGCCAGAUGAAGCGGUCAAUAAUGACGUUGUCACUGACCACAACAUCGAGAAUAUGAAGGGCCUUCCUGCUUCUGAAGACCUUAGUGAAACCACCCAAAUGUCACCAAUUUCCUUUCCCACCAAUCCAGUUCCAGAUGACAAGGAAUUGGACCUCAAAUCUCCUUCUCAAGAAGUAGAAAGAUGCCAGACAAGUCAACCGCCCAGAGCAGCGAAAGCCAAGCCAACCGUUGCUAAUUUGCCUGUCACUAAGACCGCAGCAUCCCCAGUAACCAAGCCAUCCGGCCAGGAGGUGAAGAGAGUUCCCAAACAAGACCUAAAGAAUGUCAAGGCUAAAGUUGCAUCAAGGCCCACCCCUGUCACACCUAAAAUAUCCAGCCAGAACAAAUCUGCUCCAGCCAACGGGAAAAGGGCUGUUACCAGGAAGGAGGAAGCACAGACCAGGGAUGGAGGCAAACGUCAACAGCCAUCAGCAGGUCAGGCCAAAGCGGCCGUGGUGCUAAGACCCAUCCGAGGCCGAAACACCAACCCCAUCAACCCUAAAGCCAGCCAGAAGACAGAGGCCAAAGAGGAACAACCCCUGGACAGUCCCAGAAAGGCUUUCACCGGGACUCCUGAUAUAAAAGGAGUAGAGGAGGAGGGCCCAUCUACAGGAAGUGGUACGAAAGAUUCACCUGAAGAUGCUUCUGAGGAGCCUGUGAAGGAGCUCAGGGAAGGUGGUAAGGAGGCCACAGCUGGACAGGGAUCGCUGAAAGGAGCUGCUGUAGAGAAACCAAGGACUCAUGGCACGAAAGUCUCCUCCAAGCUGGGGCCCAACGCCAGACAGCAGGGUAAAGGAGCCAGAGGGGACAAGGGCCCCCCGGGAGCCACUCCACCUCUAGGCUCCGGGACCGGACCUCCAGGACAGGGGAGCCCCGGCCCGAGGCAAGCCCAGGGUGAGGGCUCUGUGUUGGAGAAGGACGGGCAGAACGCCGGGGGUGGAUCUCCAACAAGGCUGAGACAGAGCCAGAGUCAGAGCCAGGGCAUCCCCAAACCCCGCGCCACCGCAGAGCGACUGUCUGGAUUGGCUGCCCCGGGCUCUUUGACUUCCAGCCCGAAACCAGCGGCCAAUCAGCUGCCAGGACCGCUUUCACCCGGGCGACCCGCAGCACCCGCUGCCUCCAAAUUGCCUGUCAAGGGAUUACCCACAAGCCUCAGCUCCUCGUCGCUGGCAAGUGGGACCAGCGAGGGCAAUGGAGCAACAAGCAAAGCUCCAUCGUCUCCAGGGGCUCCAGGGCCGGCAGGGGCCAAGCCAGAGGAGCGGCCCAGCCGAAGCACUCUCCCCGUGGGCAACCAGGGCACCGCGAAGCCUCCCAUUACAACCAGUACCAGCGCUCCCAGUCAUCCCAUCAAUACCAUUACCGGUGCUAAUGUUAACGGUGCUGCUACUACUACUGCCCCAAAGGCCCCAGCCAUGAGGAGCAGAGCUCUGUCCCUGCAGGCCAGGACGACCACCACAGGUCUGAAGGCCCCGGCGGUCUCCAGCCUCAGCGCAGCGAAGGUGGCAGCCGCCAACCAAGCGGCAGCGAAGGCAGCAUCUGCAGCCAAUCAGAGCCCGGCGAAGCAGCAGUCCCAGUAUCCGCUGCAAAGGAGCGGCUCGGCGAGGUUCAGCCGCCUGAACACAGCAGCCACUGCAGUGGACAAGAACAAACCUCGGGUGGCGCCGGCAAGACCCGCCAACGCCAACAGCAACAGCACCAGUGCAGCGGUACCAGCAUCUGCAGCAGGAAACAAUCAGAACCAGCAACAAGCCGCAGCAGACCUGGUGCCGGACCUGGUGAAUGCCAAUGGCCCAGUGACGCCAGCUCUCCCACUGCCAGCCGCUGACACCACCAACACCGGACCGGGAGCCACCGCAGCCUCCGGCCUCAGCUUCAGGGCAAGAACCGGGUCACGAUCCAGCCCCAAAACAGGAGCCCGCCUGCAGAACGGGUCCAAGCCCGGCGCUGCGGAGGCCGCUAGUGGGAGUCCGACAGCAGCGGGCGGGCCGGUCCAGGCUAAGCAGAACCAGAAUAAAGAGCAGGCAGAGAAGAAGAACCAGGCCAUCAACCAGCUGAGGAGGCUGCUGGUCCAGGGGAAUAAGAGAGUCGAGGCUCUGGCCACGGUCAUCCAGCACGUCUUCUCUGAGCGCGAGGACGCCUUGAAGCAGAAGAAGGAGCUGUCGCUGGAGCUGGCAAAUCUCAGAGAAGAGCUGGUCUCGUCGUCUCAGUGCUGUGAGCGUCUGCAGAAGGAGAAGGAGGAGGUUCGUGUCAAUUUGGAGGAGGCAUUAAAGAGGCUGCAGGAGCAACACCAGGAGGAGCUGGUGCAGCUGGAGGACAGAUUGAGGAGUUUUUACCAAACAGAGUGGGACAAAGUCCACCAGACGUACCAAGAAGAGGCUGACAAAUGUCGGAUGCUGAUGGAACAACAGGUGGAGGAGCUGAGGAGCCGACAGGAAGCAGAGAGGAAGAACCAGGAAGUGAGUCACAGCCAGAGGAUGGAGGCGCUCAAACAGCAGUAUGAGACUUCAGUACAGGAGCUGAAGAGCACCCAGCAGACAGACCUGGAGAACCUGGAGAAAACGCUGAGGGAGACUGAAGCCUCUCUUUCUGAGAAAAUAGCAGACCUGUCGUCGGAGAAGGAGGCGCUGAACGAGAAGCUGACAGCUGAGGAGGAGAGGAGGAAACGGAUCCUCAGCGACAAGAAUCUGAAAGACUCCCACACGGUGUAUCUGGAGCAGGAGCUGGAGAGCCUGAAGGUGGUGCUGGAGAUCAAGAACAACCAGCUGCACCAGAAGGAGAAGAAACUCAUGGAGAUGGACAAGCUGGUGGAGACGAAUGUGAAGCUCGAGGAGUGUUUGAAGAAGGUCCAGCAGGAGAAUGAGGACUACAAAGCCAGGAUGGACAAACACGCUGCACUCUCCAAGCAGCUGUCCAGCGAGCAGGCCGUGCUCCAGCAGACGCUGCAGAAGGAGUCCAAGGUCAACAAGCGUCUGUCCAUGGAGAACGAGGAGCUGCUGUGGAAGCUGCACAACGGCGACCUGCUGGCGAGCCCCCGCCGCCUCUCACCCACCUCGCCCUUCCACUCGCCACGAAACUCUGCCUCCUUCCCCACCGCCGCCACCUUAUCACCGAGAUAACCCGACCACCAAACCACAACAGAGCCCCCCCUUCCUGCCCCUCACCCCGGUUCUCCUCGUCAUCUCCUCUCCAGCCUCUCAAGGAACAAAGCUAUUCCAAAUACAGAGAGACUUCAGUCACUGCAGGAGCGCUCUGCUCUGGAUCUUAAUCUCAUGACGAACUUGUACAAUUUGAAUAAAAAAUAAAUCACGUAGAGACACUUGCUCUGAGAGCGAAAAGACAUUGCAGUGGCACUGAUGCACUUACUUGUGAGCGUGGGACUGGCCUUGCUCUCUAUCAGUCUCUCUGUCUGUCUACCAAACGCCUGACUCCAACAAACCAUUCUUCUUUUUCUAAAGAAGGAAGAUAAAACAGCAGGCACACCUCAGGGUCUGUACAUAGCGUCUCACUCUCGUUUUGACUAUCCCUACCUUUUUUGUUUUUUAUUUUGUUUUAUUGUAUAGUAUUUUUUUCCCCCAGCUCAUCCUGUUCUUUAAAACCCUCUCAUUUUAAAGAGGCGAGUGAGGAACAACCUUGAAUAUGCGGGGCAUGCAGGCUUGUGGAAAGUAACUCAAAGUAACUUGUUUGGGUUUUGUCAAAUCCUAAAAUGACGGGUACCUCUUGUCGCAUUGGCAUGGAUUCGUUCUCCUUCUCCCGUUCUUUUAAAGAGAAUGUUUGUGUUAUUUCCCCAAAGAGCGAAGCUCAAUCACUUGAUCCACUAUGGACCUCUGGAGGAAGUGGAUGAACUGCAUGUCCUUAUAUGGGCAAACAGGAACAAAUAUUCAGAGUGUGCUGUUCAGAGUAUAUGAACCGUGUUGAUUGAUGAACUGUUGAUCCUGUAUCUGUUCCCCUUCGUAAGUUCCUGACAACUUCUACCUUAAUCAGCAAUGUGGAAUGUAAUCACCUUUGGAUGCUGAGUCCGAGCAGGCCGACAUCAGGCGGUUUGAUAAGGGGGUUGGACUGGAAAAUGAUGUUUUACCUUAAAUUUUCCCUUUAAUCUUUGAUUAAGAAAGAGCUCCCCCACACUCGAUGAAAUCCCUUUAUGGAGACAAAGUAAAGGAGCUGAACUCGUGACAGAUCAGAUCUAUUCCUAAAUGAACUUUAGUCCUAAACAAAUCAGUGUCUGACUUUGUUUUGGAUUAUACAUUUAGGAUUAAACAGUGAGGAUUGCAGAUAUUUCCACAGAGUGAUCAUAAGUCCAAGACUGAGACUCAUCUAUGCCUGACAGAAACUGGCCUUUAUGAAUUUACUGAAUCCAAAAAAAGGAUCUUUAUUGUUUGUCCUGAUAAACCUCAGAUGUACCCAGAAUGCCUCAGCAUACCAUGUUCUGUUUUAUUUUGAACAUAGAAUAAACACAAUAUGAGCUCA